CACCGCCGCACCCUCGAAUCGUUGAACACGUCGACGCACACACAUCCACCUCUUACAUCAUGGAGCCGUGGAUGAGCUGGGCCGUAUUCCUGGCCAUUGGAGGCGCUGUCUACUGGUACUACAUGCACCAAGGCAACACCGCCGAUGUGCGAGGACGAUCAACCACGGGCAAGUCCACAACCUCGUCGCUCAAGGAGGCGGUCAACUGGGACACCUCGGAGAAGAAGCCCAAGGCCGCAAAGAAGACUACCAAGGCGCCCCGCAAGUCUGUCAAGACGGCUGUUCAGGAUGCUGGAAACAAGGCUGCCGAUACCCUGAAGCAAGCCGCGCCCAAGCAAGCUGCCGACGAGGAGGUCGCACCGCCCGCCGCCUACACAAACAAGGCCCCAAGCGGCAAGGAUGUCUCUGAUAUGCUCGGCGAGCGAUCCGUCUCCCCCGCCGUCAUGAGCAUCAAGCCCUCGGAGAAGCCAGCCAAGUCAGUCAAGGCGCAGACACAAAAGGCAGAGGUUGCGACCGAGUCUAAGAAGCAGCGCCAGAACAGGAAGAAGGCCGAAGAGGCCAAGGCCGCGCGCGAGGAAGAGGAGAAGGCGCGCAAGGCUCUCGAGGAGAAGCAGCGUCGCGUCGCUCGUGAGGCUCGCGGUGAGCCCGCCAAGAACGGUCUUGGUCAGAGCAAGCCCCCUGCCUCGAACGCCUGGACUGAGGUGUCUUCCAAGGCAUCUCGCGGCGCCGUCCAGCCUCCCAAGCCUGCUCCGACUGGCCAGCUACUUGACACUUUUGAGGCUCCCGCUCAGACCGCUACUACAACCACUGCCCCCACCAACGGCGCUGCCAAGACUUCCGCUCCUCUCAACAACCUCCCUUCGGAGGAAGAGCAAAUGAGACUGGCUAUGGAAGACUCCGCCUGGACCACGGUCCCCAAGGGUGGCAAGACCAAGCGCAAGACGGUGAACGAGGAACUCGCCGAAGAGCUUAGCAACGUCACUGAGACGAAGCCACAACAGUCCGCCAAGCCAGUCAGGCCGACUGAGGUCAUCAAGGAAAACAAGAACCCCAGCUCCAGGUACCAGAUCCUUGCUGAGGAGUUUAACCCCAAGACUGGCGAUGACGCCGAUGACUGGGCUGUCAUGUGAGGUGGAUGGACUGGAGUAGUCUCGAGACCUUGGGUACCCAUACACGUACCCAGACGACGUGGAUAUUUCUGUCGGAGAAGACCUUGGUGUCAAUGCGAUGGUUGGCAAUGUUCAUCACGAUGGUAUCAUAUUUGGCAUGACGGAUGGGCGGGCACAACUCAAUACGACGGCGGCGGAAUUGUCUACUUGUAAGCAUGGGCAUGGUUGGAACAGGACCAUCGGAUGUAGGUUCCUUCCUCUACUUUGCUUUGCUGUCCAGGUUAAUGGAAAAGCAAUCGGCGUGUGGGGGUUGCAUCUGAUAGUUAUUUGCAAGAGCUUCUCUUGCGUUCUCGUCGUGUACUUCAAUACUACAUCAGAUCGCAGACUCUGUGCUGGAAAGGAAAAAAACUAUCGAGUUAGAAACUGUGGUUGAUGACUAAAUGUGCGAGCCAAUUGCGAGCCCUGUGAUACCGUCCCUUGAUUAUUUGUAGAGUCAGCGGUG